AUGCAGCUGACACUGUGCAGGCUCCGCACACACCAGUGGUGCUUCAUCCUCUCCAAUGUGCUGCUCUUCCACGUGCUGCUCUUCGGGGCAGACUUACUGGAGCAAUACUUCCUGCAUUCCCUGCCUCUCUCUUACACGGAUGCAAAGGCUCUGGAGAUCAGGGAGAGGGCCAGGAAGCUGGAUCUGGAUCCUCUGAAGGCCAACCUCUCCUACAGCAGCAGCAGCACAGCGACUUGCCCCGACCAAGAGAUAUUUCUGCUCAUUGUUGUGUGCAGCAGCCCCGAGAACAGGACAAGGCGUGACGUGAUCAGGCAGAGCUGGGGGAACACCACAGGUUCUGGGGGUUACAGCAUCCUCACUGUGUUUGCUGUAGGAAAGGCAGCUGCAGCAAGCACCCAGCUGCAGAUCAAUGAAGAGGCUCAAAAGCACCGAGACAUCAUUGAAGGCAGUUUCAUCGACUCCCCCCGGACGCAGACACAGAAGAUGCUGAUGAGCGUGGAGUGGACGGUGACUUCCUGUCCCCGUGCCAGGUUCAUCCUCCACGCAGCCCAGGAUGUGUUUGUGGCUGUUCCCAGCCUGGCUGGGUACCUGCUGAGCUUAACCCAGCUGGAGGACAUCUACCUGGGGAGGGUGGUUCACCACGGGGUGCCCGACAGGGACCCCCAGAGCCCUGCCUUCGUCCCCACCCACCAGUACCCCGAGCAGUUCUACCCCGAUUUCUGCCACGGCAGCGCUUUCCUCAUGUCCCAGGACGUGGCUCGCAAGGUGUACGUGGCUGCCAGGGAGGUGCCCCUGGCAUUGCCCCCUGCUGCCUUUGUGGGAAUCUGUGCCAGAAGAGCUGGCAUCACUGCCAGGCACAGCUCCCGCUUCGCUGGGGAGAAGCACAUCAGCUACAAUCGAUGCUGCUAUAAAUUCAUUUUCACCUCUGCAGACAUGGCAGAGGACGAGUUAGUUCAAGGCUGGAAGGAAACGAGCGAUGGGGAAGAUUGUUCCUUGCUGGAAACCUACUACAGCCUGGUGUCCUGCAAGGUUCUCACCUACAUUGAUAACUUCAAACAGUUCAACCUGGACAGGAUAAAAAAUGAGCUCCUUCAUUUUGUCAAUUAG